AAUCAGUGGCAAAGGCUAAUCAAGAUGGCCUCACAUCUAUCAGGCUACUGUUGGCUCCUGACCAUCCUCCUCAUUGCAUUUCUGUUGUGCAGUGCAGCCACCGCCGGCGAUGUCCCGGCGAUCAUCGUGUUCGGUGACUCCACUGUCGACGCCGGCAACAACAACUACAUCCUCACCGUCGCCAAGGGCAACUUCCCGCCGUACGGGCGCGACUUCGACGGCGGCGUCGCCACCGGCCGCUUCUCCAAUGGCCGCCUCGUCACAGACUUCGUGUCGGAGGCGCUCGGCCUGCCGCCCUCCGUGCCGGCCUACCUGGACACCAGCUACACCAUUGAUCAGCUCGCCAUGGGCGUCAGCUUUGCUUCUGGAGGCACCGGGCUCGAUAGCCUGACUGCUAGAGUUGCAUCGGUGAUACCACUAAGCCAACAGCUGGAGUACUUCAAGGAAUACAUAGAGAGGCUGAAGGUAGCCAAGGGCGAGGACGUCGCAGACGAGAUCAUCGCCGAGGCGCUCUACGUCUUCAGCGUCGGCACCAACGACUUCAUCAUCAACUACUUCCAUCUCCCUCUCCGCCGCGCGGCCUACACCACGGCGGAGUACGUCGCCCACCUCGUCGGCGAGGCCGGCGCCGCCGUCCGCGCCGCCUACGAGCUCGGCGCCCGCAGGGUCAUCUUCGCCGGGCUCGCGCCGAUAGGGUGCCUGCCGUCGGCGAGGACGCUGAACCACGACGCGCCCGGGGAGUGCGACGAGGAGCAGAGCCAGGUGGCGGUGGCGUUUAACUCCGCGCUGGCGGAGGCCAUCGAGAAGCUCAACGACGAGCUCGCCGGAGCGCGGGUGGUGUACUCAGAUACAUACAAUGUUAUCUCCGCCGUCCUAUCAAACCCCUCGGACUACGGGUUUGUGAAUAUAGCUCAAGGUUGCUGUGGCACAGGACUUAUUGAGACAUCCGUCCUUUGCGCAUUCAACGAACAUUUGACAUGUCAAGAUGCUGAUUCAUAUGUGUUCUUCGACUCUGUCCAUCCGUCAGAGAGAACAUAUAAGAUUGUAGCUAACAAAAUCAUUAAUACAGAUUUAAAAUUACUACUAUGAUAUGUUUGUACCGAGCUUACUAUGUAAUGACCAUUGAAAAUCUAUACUAUUAAAUUACCGAUCAAAAUAUUUUAUUACCACCAUGAAGAGUG